GAGAGGGUGAGGGGAAUGCGUGUUGUUCUCCGCGAAUGCGAACGGUUCGUGUUAAUAGUCUUUCCAAAUGAUCGUGCCGUUUGAUGGGAAAUAGUGAACGGAAAAAUUUCAAGAUUGCGGUUCGUCGGACGAUACUGCGCUUGAAAAUUCCGCGGAACGGAUAGUACAAAAUGAAGCCUUUAAUCGAAUUUGAGGAAUGUUUGCGAGACACGCCAAAGUUUCGAAUACGCAUCGAGGAAGUGGAGGCAGAUGUCGAUUUACUGGAGCAAAAGUUAGACAAGGUAUUGAAAAAUUGUGGCCAAAUGAUUGAAACUGGUAAACUGUUUAUAGGACAGCAAAGCCAAUUCACCAACAGUCUUUGGGAGUUAUCUAUGUACUUUAAUGAUGGUUCUGAGAUAAUGGCCUUCUUAAACAAAUUAAUUCAUGCUUUACAAGAAAUGAACAAAUUUCAUACCAUCUUAUUAGAUCAAGCAUCUAGAACUGUAGUUAAAGAUUUAAACUCAUUCAUUAAAAGUGACAUCAAAAAGGUAAAAGAAUCUCGUCAUUAUUUUGAAAAAAUUUCUGCUGAUUUAGAUAUAGCUUUAAAUAGAAAUUCUCAAGUUCCAAAAUCCAGACCUGCUGAAUACGAGGAAACUUCUAAUAUUUUAUCGGCUACUCGAUCAUGUUUCCGACACACGGCUUUGGAUUACAUUCAUUCAUUGACGAUGAUACAGGCACGCAAACGACACGAGAUAUUGGGCACACUACUUAAUUACAUGCAAGCAUGCAUUACUUACUAUCAUCAAGGUAGCGAUCUCGCGCAAGAUUUAGAUCCAUUUUUAAAAGAUCUUGGUGAAAAUAUAAUUAAAAUGAGAGCCGAUUCUAUUAAACUUGAAAAAGAAAUGGAAAAUCGACACAUUUAUGUUACAAACAGAGAUUUAAUACCUUCCCUAAUAUCCGGUAAUCCUAAGAUGGAAGGAUAUCUUUUUAAACGAACUAGUAAUGCAUUUAAAACAUGGAAUAGAAGAUGGUUUUGUUUAAGAGACCAUCAAUUGGUCUAUAGAAAAAGAACUGGUGAUAAUGAUUUUACAAUUAUGGAAGAAGAUCUUCGCCUUUGUACUGUUAAACCACUGGUUGACUGUGAUAGGAGGAAUUGUUUUGAAGUAUUAAGUCCUACAAAAAGCCACAUAUUACAAGCUGAUAGCGAAGAAUCGUAUUUAGCAUGGGUAACUGCCAUGCAGCAAGCAAUUAGUGCUGCUAUUCAAAGAGGUAUGGGUGCUGGUACUAUUGUUAGUAUACGAGAAUCACAAUCACAGAAUAUUAGGGGCUCAGGCAGACAACAAUCAAAACCUAAAUCAAGAGUUUGGGAGCAAAUUCUAAAGAUUUCUGGAAAUGAUAUUUGCUGUGAUUGCGGUGGUGCUAACCCAAGGUGGGCCAGUAUCAAUUUAGGAAUUACACUUUGCAUAGAAUGUUCUGGAGUACACAGAAGUUUAGGUGUUCACUACAGCAAAGUUCGUUCCCUCACAUUGGAUGAUUGGGAACCAGAAAUAUUAAAAGUAAUGGCAGAGCUUGGAAAUACAGUAGUGAAUAAUGUUUACGAAGCAUUGCCAAUACCUUCUGAUAUCGUUAGGGCUACGCCAAAGUGCAACGGUAACAUACGCGAAGCGUGGAUUAGAGCAAAAUACGUAGACCAUAAAUUCGUAAAACCCUUAAGUAACAUAAUUUCAUCCGGACAACAUGCGAGUCGUGACAAAAUGCAUUUCCGAAAAUGGAGUGUCCGUAAAUUACGUCGUAGACCACGAAGUUGCGACAAAAUUGAUAGCAUUAAUCGUAAUAAAACGGCAACGCUAUCUUCCGUGACAGAAGGUCCUCAUUCUACGAGUUCCGACGACAGUAAACAUACAUCGAUCGAAAGUUUAAGUUUCGUUGAGAAAGCAAAGAAAGCUGAAAGAAGUUCCUUAAGUUCUGAUGAUAGUACGAAUCUAGAUCUAAAAAACGAUUCUACCCUGUAUGGGAAGAUACUAACACGAUCACGUAACUGUAACGAUUUACAAGAAAGUAAUUCUAAAAUCGUUAAUAGCAAUAGAGAGUCAAGCGUUGAAAACGAACGUAAACUUGAUAUUCCUGAAGCGAAAGACAAUACAAUUUCCUCGAAUGCCUCGGAGAAUAAUUUAGCACUGAAAAGUGAAGUGUCCUUAAGCGCAGAGAUUUCUGGUGUUAACGAUGUCUUAGAAGAUAAAGAUAUCGGAACGGAGAAGCAGUGUACAGAAAAGGUAGAAUCGGACGUACUAAUGUUUGGUUGUGAUUUACCAAAGCCAACAAUCGAUAACAGUUUAGAAUUAAGUUCGGAUCAAGACUCAACUGCCGGUGAAGAUGAAGAAUUUACAGAUGAGGAGGAUAUCGAAAAUUUACAUCCUGAAAUGUUACUUUAUAAAGCUGCCGCUGCUCACAAUCUUCCCGUAAUGUGUGCAGCUUUAGCGGCUGGUGCUGAUAAAUCAUGGUCAAAUAUCAAUGACAGAGGUCGUAAUGCUUUACACCAAGCGAUUAUAAGUGGUUCUGUUAUGUCUUGCGAAUAUCUCAUUCUAAAUGGAGCACGCAUCAAUUGUCAGGAUGCUGGUGGGAAAACACCAUUGUAUUUGGCUACAGAAUUAGGCCAUACCGCCCAAGUGUGCUUGCUUUUGAAGCAUCGCGCUGAUCAGCAUAUUAAAGACGAAAGUGGUGUAAAACCUUUGUCGAUAGCUGUAAAAGAAGCUAACGCGGAUAUUGUUACUUUAUUACGACUUGGCCUUUUAAACGAAGAAAUGAAAGACUCGGAAAUCGGAAUUAGUGGCGACGAAACCUUUAACGACGUUGUUCGAGAUUUUAGCCAAUUAGCUUGCUCUCACCCGGAACGACUGCAACGACGAAAUGAAAGUAGUAGUACGUCGCAACCCCCCGAAUGAGUUUUAAGGAUGUGCAAAUCUUAUUUGCAAAAUGUGAAGAGCAUGCUACAACGUAAAGAAAAGAAAGAGAAGAAUACAUCGAAAACGUCGUCUUUCAAUUCCUUGCAGAGUAAUAAAGAUGAUUACGAAUAGCAAGGUAAGUAUACAAAACGGGCUUGAAAGUCCGUUCGUGUAAUUGAAAGAAAAUGGAGAAAUAUUAAGAAAAGGUUAUGUCUCUCUUUAUACUUGAAUCUCUGUACAACAGAAAUUAUUUAAAUUUUGCCAGUACCUUUUUGUACUUGUAUUUUAAAUAGCCAAGAGACUUUUAUAUUGUUUGCCAAAAGGAAGUAUAAGUAAACGUUAUAUGUUGCUUACGCGUGAAAUUAUGCUAUCCAGUGAUAGAAUGUUAAAACACGAAGUGUUUUUGCGUGCCUUCUUCCUCGUUUUCCUCUUAAAUUUACAGGAAAAAAUGAAAGUAACUUCUUGUCUAAAACAAAUGCUUCUUCCAAUAUGUGUAACGCGUACUCGUAUAAGUUUAAAAAAACAACAACAUUCUACAACUUGCAGAAUUUACAACUUGCAAAAACAUAACGCGAGUAGAAUUUGAAAAUAUCUGCAAACAUUCGAAAAACUGUAAAUUAUUAUUAGUAGAUAUUUGUAUAUCAUUUAUGUGAUAUGAGAAACGCGACAAAAUAGUUUUAACUCUGUAGUAUGAAAAGUUCUAUCAUUAGCCGACAUGUUCUCGAUACGAUAUGACCUAGCAAAAUCUUUGCAACAAAAAUUUUAUACGUGUAUCUGUUUUUAUAUACCUAAUACUACCAGUAAUGUAUAUACAACUGGCACUAAAAUAAUUGUUUGCGUUUUUUCAGUUAUACUAAUUUGAUAUAUAUUAGUAACAAAUGAAUUGAACUAUGACAUUAUUGAUACAUAUAAUUAUGUAGUUCGUCUAGAGGUUAUAUUUAUAAGUAGCUGUAUAUUGCAUCUAUUGAAUUACCAAAAUAGACUAAAGAUUCCGUAUAGUUACUGAUUAAUAUAGGUCAAGUUAAUGAAUUUGUUGCCAAAAAUUAACCGUUUGUACAUAAAACUUAUAGAUCUGAUUACUAUUUGACGUUAUACUUGAACAAAUACUUUAUUUCCAUGAAUUGUGUAGAAUUAAUAAUGCAAAGGCAUAAUUUAAGAAAACGUAUUAGAAUUUUUUAUAUCUAUAUUCUUUUAUAACAAAUUUGAACUAUUUUGCGUUGCAUUUAAAUUAUCAUUUAGUUUUCUUUUCAUGACCUGUACAACGUAUAAGUUCCGUUUCAUUUACGUCUAUUUUAGUACUACAUACAUUUGCGUUAAACAAAACGUAUUUCCGAAAAAAAUACAUAGGUUAAUGCAUGAUUUUUUAGUCGGGCGAUAAAUAAUAGAAGAAAGAAUUUAGAUAUGAAAAAAUAUCAAUCAUUGUUACAAAUAUUUUACAUUGUUCACGUAGAGGCUUUAUCGAUAGUUGCAAUUCAUAGAACAAACCCGGAUCCUCGACUCGAAUGAACAAGAUUUUUACGAAAAUCAUUACGAAAUAAUUUCCAGAUUUGAUAUAUUUUUUUAUUUGACAUAUUACCAUAGCUUUUAUUUCGAAUCCGGUAUUCGAUUUUAUACGUAUCUGUUUAAUAAUUAAUAUCAUGACGCUGUAAACAUAAUUAUAAUAAAAGUCAGAUACUCAUUGUUACACGACCAAUUAACAACAAACUGUUUUCCAGUUUACUCUAACAUAUACGCUAGUGUCGAAUUUUCAUUUAUACUCAUUUUACAACGCGAUGUGACUUUAGAAAAAUCUCGAUCUGAUAAUUUCGUGUUUCAUUCAUAUAGAGAAUCGAUAUCACACAUUAGUACUUGAAUUUUGUACUUAUUUUUGUAUAUGUUUUAUAUGCAUAAUCAUCAGAAGGGAAACGAAAAAAUAUACAAAAAUAAAUCUCUUACUGUACGACCGAAAAUUGUCUUCCAGAAUUGAAAACUAUCUUUUUUUCUCUAUAUAAAAAUCACAUCAUUAUAUGACUCUGUUUCCACGCGAUGAUUUUCAAUUUAACGAGCAGUAUUGUUUAUAUUGUAACUUUAUUAAUUGUUGUUGUUUCUUUUUUAAACAAAAUCACCGCCAAUACUGCCUAAGUGCGAAAUAUCGUUACGGUAUUCCACGAACGUCUAUAGACAAAUUGAACAAAUAAUACCAUUGUUUCACCAUUACAUGUCAUUGCGAUGAAAAUGUAAGCAAAUUUAUUAAUGUACCAUAUUGUACACAAACUUCACGUCAUAAAGCAGUGAUUAUGCAAGUAACGU